GGUCGCGUCGUCUAGUUCUCAAUGUCGAUGGGCCCUUUUCUCUCUAUAGUAUGGACAUAUCUGAAAAAACCCAAGUGGGUAUAUCUCAUUAUCCUGGUUCAGUGAGUGUCUGAGUGGAUUCUCAUGGUUAGCGGUAUAACGUUACAAGUGAUCCAUUAUUGUUAUCAGGAUUGGUGGUGUUCUUCGUGUUCAUUUCUGUGGGUGUCGUGGAUCUGCUUCACUUGUUUUGAGCAGACCAAUUUAUUAGGAGUAUUGAAGGCUGGAGCAUCCUUGGUAAGCCGUGUUCAAUCUGUUCGGUCUUUCCCUUUAGACCACCGGAAAACGAGCCUGCUGGAUGCAUCACUACCACUAGCUCGUAUCUGGGGUUGGAAGCUUGCUUCCUUGGAAGCAUCCACUCCCUCAGAAGCUUGCUUUCUGCUACUGGCUGUCUGUCGCGAGAGCCCUCAGAGGCUUAAACCCUCCGCUGCUAUCCGGCUGUCUUCCUGA